AUGGGGUGGAGCAGAAGAUCUAAGUAUGCUUUCGACGCGCUUCGAAACUUCACUUCAAAGAUUGUACCCAAAAAUCCAAUUCGCCCCACAAACCCAAUUCGAGAGUCCAUUCAAAAAACCAACCACCAGUUUUCUUCUACACCCAAUUUGAAUCAAUCUCGGGGUUCUGGGUUUGCUUUUUCUUCUUCACCAACUUGUAGGAUCUUGGGUUUUGAAUUUGGACUCGAGCAGAACCAAUACAGUCCUUUUCUUCAUGGUAUAAAAAGAUAUUACUCUGUGGAUCGAUCCAAAGUUAACCAUUUUUGGUCACGAGGGCCUCGAAGAUGGUACAAGAAACCAAGGAUAGUUUUGACUGUGACUUUGACUGUACCAUACACUAAUCGAAAGCAUUUCGUGCUUCUAUCGCCAGAGCUCGAGAAACAGCUGGGAGAGAAACAAUUUCAUCAAAUCAAAGCGGUGUUCAAAGAGAAAAUUCUUCUGGCAAUUCACCCAGAAAGUGUAAGGGUGAGAUUGAUAGCAAGACAUAAUCGAAGCUUUAGAGCAAUUUCAAAAGGCUAG